AUGGGAGUCGAUUGUAUCUGGUCCUCUCUUCCCAAAUGUAAAACUGCCAGACAAAACUAUCGUCCUACACCCAACGGAUGUGGUCCUCAGAGUCAGAUGGUCGUUUCCAUCAUCUCCAAUGUGGUAGCUCGUGAAUUCAUCCAUUGCUGUAAUCAACAUGAUCUGUGUUACUCCUCGUGUGGUGUUCCAAAAGCCACUUGCGAUCAUCAAUUUCGUGAAUGUAUGCUCAAUACGUGCCAUUUGGAUAUUGUCUGUCGAAUGAAAGCCUUUUCCAUGUUUACGGCUGUGAGUCGACCAUCGCCCUUAUCGUGUCAGGCUUAUAUUGUGGCACAACAUUCGGGAUGUGAUUGUACUUGGCAGAAAAUAGAAGAGCAAGUUGCAAAGAGAAAGACCAUGAAAGAAAAUGGUUGGAAAUUGGAAAAGUUAAUCAUUCAUGAAUAA